AUGUAAUCAGGGGAUGACGUGACUCGCGAUCUCCGCAGCGGCUUCAAAGAUCACAAUUAUCAGAGCAGUCUGCCGAAAGCCGCGACCCGGUGGUGAAGUCACCCUUAUAAGUCAUUAAAAGUUUCGUACAUAUGUAUUCAACUGACAUCCAUGCAUUCAUGUGAAAGAAAACUGUUUUAAUUUAAGUGUUUUACGAGAUUUUAUUUUAAAAAUAUUAAAAAAAGUUUUUAGUGGAAAAUAGCAAAUAUGUAUUUCAAUAAAAAUUGUGGUGUUAAUUUAAAUUAAGUCUGAGAGACAACUGUCGAGCUGUCUGCCUUCUGGGAGCGACAACGGGCGCCAGCCGUGGCAGUCCGUAGAAUGGGAACAGGCGAUCGACUCCUCGACAUCCCCUGCAAUGUGUGCGGGGACAGGAGUUCAGGCAAACAUUAUGGCAUCUACAGUUGCGACGGUUGUUCGGGAUUCUUCAAGCGGUCUAUCCACCGUAACCGCGUGUACACCUGCAAGGCCGGCGGGGAGAUGAAGGGCCGCUGCCCGGUCGACAAGACGCAUAGGAACCAGUGCCGCGCCUGCCGCCUUGCUAAAUGCUUCCAGGCUAAUAUGAAUAAAGAUGCGGUUCAGCACGAGCGGGGUCCCCGCAAGCCAAAGCUACAAGCGGGCGCGAUGGGUGCACUUGGGCCACCGCCGCUCGGUCACGCACACAAGCCUCACGCCCUCAAACUGUCGCCACCUUCUCCGUACGCACCGCUACCGCAACCUUUCAACUUUCAGUUCAAUAUCAGCGGUAUGAGCGAGCCAGCCCCGCUAAGCACGGCUUCGUCAGCGGGUUCAAGCGGCGCGGGUGGCGGGGCGGGAGCACCCAGCCCGCUGCCGCUCGUGCCCGAACCGUUCCUAGCACCACCGCCUCCCGGCUUACUGCAUAUACUUAUGUCUUCUGAUAAAUGCCAGGAGCUGAUGUGGAGCGCCAAACAACUGCAGUUACAAGGCGACCCUACUCUCCUACGGCCGCCACCAAGUGCUUUCGGAGCACCCCUUGCACCAACAUGGGAACUCCUACAGGAGACAAGUGCCCGCCUCCUGUUCAUGGCGGUUCGUUGGGUUCGGUGCUUAGCGCCGUUCCAGGCACUCGCGGCAUCAGACCAGCUGGUACUGCUGCGAGCUGCCUGGAAGGACCUGUUCCUACUGCACCUGGCACAAUGGUCUGCUCCCUGGGACCUGGCGCCCUUGCUGGCAGCACCAGCUGCAAGAGCAAGGCUGCCUCCUGAUCCGUUGGCUGAUUUGGAGCUGAAUACUUUGCAGGAAAUUCUAUGUCGAUUUCGGCAAAUCGCACCCGACGGCAGCGAGUGUGGGUGUAUGAAAGCCAUUGUUCUGUUUUCUCCUGAUACAUCAGGACUGAGUGAGACUCAACCAGUGGAGAUGCUACAAGACCAAGCUCAGUGCAUACUCGCUGACUACGUGCGGACCAGAUACACUAGGCAACCUACAAGAUUCGGUCGCCUCCUCCUCUUACUACCAUCUCUCCGAGCGGUACGCGCUCGCUCCGUCGAGUUACUACUAUUCCGAGACACCGUGGGCGACGUAUCCGUGGCAACACUACUCCACGACAUGUACCGCAUGCAGCCAGCGCCCACGCCCGCCUUCCAUCCACCCGCGCCACCCACCAGUGAACACUGCUCCUCGCCAUAAACUACUAAUUUGUAUAAAUAUUCAGAAUGGCAACACUGCCGUAAC